AUGUCAACUCGAAGUUUACACUAUGUGUUCAAAAUUGCGAAUCGUCAAAAAACGAUCGAUUUUUAUACGAAAACACUUGGAAUGAAGAUUUUGAGACAUGAAGAAUUUGAAAAAGGAUGUGAAGCAACUUGUAAUGGACCAUUUGAUGGUUGUUGGUCAAAAACAAUGAUUGGAUAUGGAAAUGAAGAUGAUCAUUUUGUUAUUGAAUUGACUUAUAAUUAUCCAAUUCAUCAAUAUGAUCAAGGAAAUCAUUUUAAGGUAAAUUAUCGAUUCAUGAAGUUUUUAUGUAGUUUAGAAACUAGAAUAUGAACUAACUUUGUAAAUGUAAAAGAUGCUUCUCAACUUUAAACUCACAAAUUCUUUAUUCAAAAUUUUUAAAGACUUGGAAUUUUUUAAGAAACUUCUCAAAAAUAUUGAGCUCAACAUUUUGUUUUGAAAAUUACAUUGUAUACUUUUUUGCCAAUUUAAAAAAUAAAUUUGUAAUUUCUAAAAAUCCAGAGAUUUUCCUUCAGAAAUGUGAAAAUUAUAAAAUUUCAAUCCUGAAAAAUUCUAGAAAAACUACUAAAAAAUGUGAAAAUCGUCUUCAAAUUGAAAUUUCAGGCAAUUAUCAUCGAUUCGGAUGAAAUAUACAACAAAGUGCUCGAAAUUCCUCACGAAAAAACCAAAAAUUGUGGAAGAUUGAGAGUUUCGGAUCCAGAUGGACAUUCUUUUAAAAUUAGAAAAGGAGAAGGCACAAAAAUAUCGAAUGUUCAAAUUCAUGUUUCAAAUUUGGAAAAAUCUACAGGUACUUUAUUGUUAGAAAAUUUUGAGAAAAAUACAUAUUUCAUUCAGAAUACUAUCGAGAUAUCCUUGGAAUGUCAACAAUAUCCCAAACUUCAACAUCAACAAAACUCACAUUUUCCGCCGCCGAAAAUCAAUGUAUUCUCGAAUUAUCAAAACUCGAAAAACCAAUCAAUCGAGGAAAUGCUUUUGGAAGAAUCGCAUUCUCAUAUCCUGGGUCGAAGCUUCUCGAAUUGCAAGGAAAAGUGAAAUCAAGUGGAUUUACGAUAAUUAAUGAAAUGAUUACUUUGCAAACACCUGGAAAAGCUGAUGUUCAAGUUGUUAUUUUGGCUGAUCCGGUAAUAGUUCAGGGAAUUUGGGGAAGGGGGAUGAGUAGAAGUUCACGAAAAUUAAUCUGAAUUUUGAAAAAAAAAUCUGGAGCCAAUUUUUCGUACAAUUUUAACACCUAACAAUAUUAAUUUAACGUAAUUUUUUUUUGACAAAAAAUGACGUGGCGAAAGGUUUUCUAAAAAAUACAUGAAGUCUAGAAAUCUCAAAAAUGAUGUUUUCCCAAUUCAAAUAAAUUUUGGGAUUUUUCCUAAAACUACAAAAAAUUCUGUAAACGUUUAGAUCUGACAAAUCAAGUUUUAAAAUCAGAAAUCUCUUCAAAAGUUCACAGUGUUCCUUUUUGAUCUAUACUGUUUUCUUAUCAAAGUUUGAUCGAAAAACCGUGAUUUGAAACUAUUCAAAUAUUAGUCAUACAAAAAAUUCGGAAACUUUGUUUCUCUUCCAGGACAAUCACGAGAUUUGUUUUGUUGGCGACGAAGGAUUUCGAGAUUUGAGUAAAGUCGAUCCAAAAGCCACUGAAUUAUUGGAAAAACAUAUGAAAACGGAUGACAGCGAAAAAUGGUAUUAA